AUGCCUCCUACACAACAACGACCCCGCCGCCUGGUCGGCGUGUCGCUCAAAAUGUACUUUGACCUGCCUGCCACGCUCUCCUACCUUCGCGGUGUUCUCCAACUCGACGGCGACGCCUGGAAUGCCAACAUAGACCUCUUCGUUAUCCCAGACUUCAUCUCGCUCACCGAAUCUGCGCGCAUCCUCGAAUCCUCGUCCAUCCUGCUGGGCGCCCAGGACACCUUCUGGGAAGACAACGGCGCCUACACAGGAGAAGUCAGCCCCGUGGUAUUGCGACAGGCAGGGGUCAAGUUGGUCGAGAUUGGCCAUGCAGAGCGCAGAGCCCACUUUGGCGAGACGGAGGACUGGGUUGCGAAAAAGGCUGGGGCUGCGGCGAGGAACGGCAUCAUUCCGCUCGUCUGCGUUGGAGAGACGACACACCACGAGGUUGCGUCUGCUGCGGUGGGCACUGCCAUUCAAGAAUGCAAGCCCCAGAUCGAAUCCGUGCUGGCCGCGGUACCUGACGAUCAAGAGGUCAUUCUAGCGUACGAGCCCGUGUGGGCCAUUGGCGCAAGGGAGCCUGCAGAUGCGGACCAUGUCGUCAAUGUCACCCAAGAGUUACGAAAACUGGCGGCUGGAAGAAAAGGCGUGACGAGAAUCGUGUACGGAGGCAGUGCUGGGCCUGGCACCUUUGCCAAGAUUGCCCAAGGUGUGGAUGGCUUGUUUCUUGGUCGCUUUGCACACGACAUUCUCAAUCUGAAAAAGGUGAUUGAGGAAGUGGGUGGGGCCUAA